AUGGUCAAGACCGAAUCCACGCUUCCCUCUCCUCCAUCGGAAUCAGCGUCCGCCUCCGCGGUUCCUCUGGAUUCACCAAUGCGCACCACCCCCAUACAUUUUGAUCUCUCCGAGAUUAAGGUUCCAGAUGGUCCCCUUCCAUCAUACCGAUACCACCCAGUUACAUGCCAGCCGAUGGAGAUACACGACUACCAAUCCGAGCUUGCUAAGUUGGAACGAGAAUACUCGUCGCGCGAGGCUGCCACCAGGGCCCAGGGCGAAACGGCCAAAGAACUGAAGGCCAAGAUUAAAAGCGCGCAGCACAAACGGGAGGAAGUUCAAAAGGCCAUUGAUAAGAAGGUCAAGGAGCGCAACACUGAAAUGAAGGUUGUGUCGAAGUUCCAAGAGGUCAAGACAUCCGAUAUUCCGUCUUGA